CCGCCCGGCCAAUCGCCGCGCCCCUUGUGUAAUCUUCGGCUCCUCGGCUGCUCUCGGCUAUUUUCGCUGUUGCUGGCUUUUCAGGGGCUGCUCUCUCGCAGCCAGAGACGCUGCUUUUUUUUCCGGGUUCGGAGCUGUUCCGGAUGCUUUAGGCUGCCGGAUGUCUGAUCUCCGGAUAACUGAGGCGUUUCUGUACAUGGAUUAUCUGUGUUUUAGAGCACUUUGCUGCAAGGGACCACCACCGGCACGACCAGAAUAUGACCUGGUUUGCAUAGGUCUCACCGGUUCUGGCAAGACCAGUUUGUUGUCAAAGCUCUGCAGCGAAAGCCCCGAGAACGUUGUGUCGACCACCGGUUUUAGUAUAAAAGCAGUGCCAUUCCAGAAUGCCAUCUUGAAUGUAAAAGAACUUGGAGGGGCUGAUAAUAUCCGGAAAUACUGGAGCCGCUACUACCAAGGAUCUCAAGGGGUAAUAUUUGUAUUAGACAGUGCCUCUUCAGAGGAUGAUUUAGAAACUGCUAGAAAUGAACUGCACUCAGCCCUUCAGCACCCACAAUUAUGUACUUUACCCUUUUUAAUAUUGGCCAAUCAUCAAGACAAGCCAGCAGCUCGCUCAGUACAAGAGAUCAAAAAAUAUUUUGAACUUGAACCACUUGCUCGUGGGAAGCGCUGGAUUCUGCAGCCCUGCUCGCUGGAUGACAUGGACGCACUGAAAGACAGCUUCUCACAGCUGAUAAAUUUGUUAGAAGAAAAAGACCAUGAAGCUAUAAGAAUGUGAAAUCUGGCCAAGAAAUUGGGUUCCCCAAAGGCCUUGAACCUAUCAUGUUAGUUUCUCAUUUUAAUUUUAUUUUGCUAUCAAGACUAUAAGGCAUCAGUAUCUAUUUUCUCUAGUUAUUUCAGACUCACAUCUCUGUAUUAAAAUGAAUAUUCUGCACAUCAGGUGAAUUAUCAUCGGCAUUAACGUCAAGUACACACUACUGAGAGAGAAUGUAUUCUCUGUUUACCACUAAUUACCUUCACCGCAUGUCUCUUCCUUCUGUUGUUCUAAGCAUCUUUUCUAUACUCUGUGCUAAAUUGGAUGGAAUUCAUGGCUCACAAAAAUCAAAUCCUUUAUGAAGAACUCAAAAAGACUCACAAUACCUGACUAAUUUUCCUGAGUUUGAGAUAUAUUGGGAUAUAUAUCCCAAUCACUUUCAAGAUCUUUAGGAUUUUUAUUUUAGUGGACUUUUUUCCAGUGUUUUUUUUUUUGGGUUUUUUUUUUUUUUUUUUUUUUUUUUUUUUUUAUGCUGACUUUGCAGACUAUGAGAGAAAAAUUAGUAAAAACUUCAGUUAAUCACCUUAUCGGAAAUAAGUAUGGUAGGAAUAUUUUACCAUAUUAAGAUUAGCUUUGAAGAACCUUUAAGGCAAAACAUAUAAAGCUUCCCUGAUUACACUGGAAAAGUCUUACCCCUGCCUUGUUUUAAGAUCAAAUAUAUUUUAUUUUUUGCGAGGAGUUAGAAGAAAGUUAGGCACAGUGCAUGCAUUCCUGAUUACAUUUGAUCAAGUCUUCAAAUAUAUUUUUAAUGGAAAAAUUAGCCUACAUCAAGUCAAGCUGCAACAUGAUAUAAGUACCUUUUUCUAAAUAUCUGAGAUGUUUGGUUGAAAUAGAGAAAAUAAUUUUUAAAAUAAAUGAUAAAAAAAUUUUUGAAGCAACCUAACUUUAAAAACUUUAUCAAGUAUAGUUUAUACUGGUUACCAUGUAAGCUGGCGUGGAGGUGACAAAGAUGUCAAAGACAGUGUAUUGGUUAUUCAUUCAUUAAGUGUUACUGUCGUCUAAUGGAGUCUGUUAGUACCUCCAUCUAGUAGUUAAAGGUCUAUCAGUAUUUCUAUUAUGAACCUCUAUUUUCAGGGGUUUCAAUGUGCCCUUAAAAAUGUGCUGGUGCUUCAGCAAACAAUUUUAGGGCUUAUAUUCAGUCUUUGGAACUAGUUUUGUUUGUUUGUUUGUUUGUUUUUUCAUUUAAUUUAAAUGAUAAAAUUGCAUGAGAUAAAUGUACAGUUUUACCAAGGUUCAGCACAUUUGAUCUUUUCUAAAUCAGGACUACUCUAUGAAUAUUAGGAUCAUAGGUGAAAUAUUCUUUGGCACAUUUUAUAGAUUU